AUGUUAAUCGCUUUCUUCUUGCUCCUCAGCAGCUUCGGCUUAUCAGCUUCUCGUUCAGCUACGAAGAAAUUAUGCGAAGAAGAGCUGGAAAAAAGUCGUAUUUACCUCGAAAGUAUCCGAGGAAAGAUGCUAGGAAAAGAAGAGCAAAGACGCGAUCAACGAAUUCAAGCACACUUCUUAUCAGAUCCAAAAGGUGCAUGUGAUGGGCCACGUUUUCGUGAUAUUACUACUGUAACCAGUCAACAAUUGGGAGCAUUUUUAUCGAUAUUUGCUGUUAGUCGUGGCUUACCGUUGUGCUCAGUUUGCGAUAGCAUGGUUAACAAAGCAGAAGCUGUCCUUUUUGAGCCAGGUUCUAAAGAACUACCGCAUGCCGAACAAGUACUUCGCCAAUACAUUCGUGCGAAUUUACCAAGCGCAGAAGCAAUUUGUUCAGCACUGCUACCAGCCUGUUAUCAUAAUUAUACAACAAACUGUAAACGCUUGAUUGAUUUAAUUUUCCCUAAGAAUGGCGUCUUGAGAUAUAAUCAAUUUUUAUUGAAUGAGAGCAGAAUUCAAUCAUUUAUGGACAUGUUAACGACACGAUAUUUGUCUGGAUUUUGCGCCAAAGUAUGCCACCUAUUCCGACCAAAUAUAUUCUGGGAUGGAAUUGGCUACACUGACUGCAUGUCGUCAACGACAAAUUAUUUGAAAGAUUUGCUGCAGAAAGCUGCGACAGUAUUCAUGCCGGAGAAAUUCUGCUUCAAGACAAUACACUGGUGCGACAGUUUUCCAACGCCUUCUAUUACACAGUGUCUAAAAGAAUUUUGUGAAGAAGGUGUUCCACCACAGUGGCAAGAUAUCUGCAAAAUGAUUCCCAACGAUCGAGCAAAAGCAGAUGCCUUCCUGAACAUCAAGCGAUAUCAGUAA